AAAUGAUUGAGUAGAUGAUAUUGUAGUCAGUAGUAAAGAAGUGAAGAUCAACAGCUCGACACAGGUGGACAGUCAUGACCUCCACAAAUAAUCUCAGUGAUGUUUCAGCCAAAGGAUUGGUUAAGAGGACAAUUCGGCAGUUUGAAUCAAAGUCUUCUGAUCUUCAGUUUGUUUCCACAAAGACUUUUCCCUCCAUGAGUCGCUUCAGUGAAAAUAAAUCUGUAGCAGAACUGAGUUUCACUGAUAGAGAAUCUGCUGAACCCAGCUGUGUGUCUAUGAAGAGCGAUCGAUCAAUGGAUGAUCCACUUAAGUUCAGUUCAGGAGGUUCUGGUAAAGAUUUGAGAUAUUAUUUUCACAGGUGCACGGUCCUGACCUUCACAAAUAAUCUCCGUGAUGUUUCAGUCAAAGGAUCAGUCAAGAGGACAAUUCCGCAGUUUAAAUCAAAGUCUUCUGAUCUUCAGUUUGUUUCCACAAAGACUUUUCCCUCCAUGAGUCGCUUCAGUGAAAAUAAAUCUGUAGCAAAACUGAGAGAAUCUGCUGAACCCAGUUGUGCGUCUAUGAAGAGUGAUCGAUCAAUGGAUGAUCCACUUAAGUUCAGUUCAGGAGAUUCUGGUACAGAUGUGAGGUGCACAGUCAUGAACUCCACAAAUCUCAGUGAUGUUUCAGAUAAAGCACUGGUCAAGAGGACAAUUCAGCCGUUUAACUCAAAGUCUUCUGAUCUUCAGUUUGUUUCCACAAAGACUUUUCCCUCCAUGAGUCGCUUCAGUGAAAAUAAAUCUGUAGCAGAACUGAGUUUGACUGAUAGAGAAUCUGCUGAACCCAGCUGUGUGUCUAGCGAUCGAUCAAUGGAUGAUCCACUUAAGUUCAGUUCAGGAGAUUCUGGUACAGAUGUGAGUAACACAACAGAUGAAUCAAAGUCCAUCAAAGGGAAGCAGAUGGAUUCUGUUUUUCAGGAUCUUGAAUACAAAAUCCUCUCACUUAUAAAGAAAGAGCUGAAGAUAUUCAAGAGACUACUGAGCUCAGAUUACCCAGCAUGCUCUGAGAGAGAUGAGGAGGAGGAUGAAGAUCAGAUCAGAGUCAGAGAGGAGCUUCUGAAUAUCACACUGCACGUCCUAAAGAAGAUGAACCAGACAAACCUCGCUGAUAAACUACAGACCAAUCUUUUACCUUUGUGUAUGAAAAAACACAAAUCCAGACUAAAGGAGAAAUUCCAGAGAAUAAAUGAAGGAAUAUCAAGUCAAGGAAACUCAAGACUUAUGAAUGAGAUCUACACAGAGCUGUACAUCACAGAGGGAGGGAGUGAAGAACUCAAUAAUGAACAUGAGGUGAGACAGAUUGAGACAACAUGCAGAAGAUCAGAGACACAAGAAACACCAAUCAAAUGUAAUGACAUCUUUAAAGCUUUACCUGGACAAGACAAACGCAUCAGAACUGUGCUGACUAAAGGAGUUGCUGGAAUUGGAAAAACCGUCUCUAUUCAGAAGUUCAUUUUGGACUGGAGUAAAGGAAAUGCAAAUCAGGAUCUUCACUUCAUAUUUCCACUUCCAUUCAGAGAACUGAAUCUGAUGAAGAACACAAAUAUCAGUCUGAUGGAUCUUCUUCAUCAGUUCUUCAUAGAUACAAAAGAACUGAGAUCAAGAGACUUUGAUGUCUAUAAAGUUGUGUUUAUCUUUGAUGGUCUGGAUGAGUGUCGACUUCCUCUAGAUUUCUCAAACAAUAAGAGUUUGUUUGAUGUAAGUGAAAGAGCGUCAGUGGAUGAGCUGUUGACAAACCUCAUCAAGGGGAAUCUGCUUUCUUCUGCUCUGAUCUGGAUAACAUCACGACCAGCAGCAGCCAAUCAGAUUCCUCCUGACUGUAUACACCAGAUCACAGAUGUACGAGGAUUCAAUGAUCCUCAGAAGGACGAGUAUUUCAUUAAGAGAAUAAAUGAUAAGAGUUUGUCCAACAAAAUCAUCAAACACAUCAAAUCAUCCAGGAGUUUGUACAUCAUGUGUCACAUCCCAGUCUUCUGUUGGAUUACAGCCACUGUUCUAGAGAGAAUGUUGAGGGAAUCAGAGAGUCAAGCAGAGAUCCCCAAGACUCUCACUCAAAUGUUUACACAUUUCCUGAUCUUUCAGACAAAACUGAAGAGUCAAAAGUAUGAUGGGAAAUGUGAAGUAGAUCUCCAGCAGGCUAGAAAGAGUCUUCAAUCACUGGGAAAACUGGCUUAUCAACAGCUGGAGAAAGGGAAUCUGAUCUUCUAUGAGGAGGAUCUGAGAGAGUGUGACAUUGAUGUCAGAGAAGCUUCAGUGUACUCAGGAGUUUGUACUCAGAUCUUCAAAGAGGAGUUUGGACUGAACCUGGGGAAGGUCUACAGCUUUGUGCAUCUGAGCAUUCAGGAGUUUCUUGCUGCUUUAUUUUUCUUUCUUUCAUUUUCUCAACAAACAUCAGGAUCAACUAUGAGUGAUUUACUGAAGACUGAAGUGGACAAAGCCUUACAGAGUGAGAACGGACACCUGGACCUUUACCUCCGAUUCCUUCUGGGUCUCUCACUGGAGUCCAGUCAGAUGAUUUUACGAGAUCUACUGACACAGACAGGAAGAAGAUCUGACAGCAGACAGAAAAUAGUUGAGUACAUUAAGAUGAAGAUCAGAAAGAAUCAAUCUCCAGAGAAAUCCAUCAAUCUGUUUCACUGUCUGAAUGAACUGAAUGAUCAAUCUCUAGUGAACGAGGUACAAACAUAUCUGAACAGAGAAGAUAACAGGUGUCUCUCUAGAGUCAAACUCUCUCCCUCUCAGUGGUCGGCUGUGGUGUUUGUGUUACUGAACUCAGAUCAGAAGCUGGAUGAGUUUAAACUGAGUAAAUAUGAUCCAUCAGAUGAAUGUCUUCAGGGGCUGCUGCCAGUGAUCAAAGAAUCCAGAACAGCUGAUCUGAGUGGCUGUAAUCUGACAGAGAAAAGUUGUUCAUCAUUGAGUUCAGUUCUCAGCUCAAACUCUUCAAGUCUGACAGAACUGAAGCUGAGUGGAAAUAAACUGCAGGAUUCAGGAGUGAAGCUUCUCUCUGAUGGACUGAAGAAUACAAACUGUAAACUCAAGAUGUUAAAUCUGUGGCGCUGUAAUCUGACAAAGAAAAGUUGUUCAUCAUUGAGUUCAGUUCUCAGCUCAAACUCCUCAAGUCUGACAGAACUGAACCUGAGUUUCAAUAUUCUGCAGGAUUCAGGAGUGAAGCUUCUCUUUGAUGGACUGAAGAAUACAAACUGUAAACUCAAGAUAUUAAAUCUGAGUGGCUGUAAUCUGACAGAGAAAAGUUGUUCAUCAUUGAGUUCAGUUCUUAUCUCAAACUCCUCAAGUCUGACAGAACUGAACCUGAGUAACAAUGAACUGCAGGAUUCAGGAGUGAAGCUUCUCUCUGAUGGACUGAAGAAUACAAACUGUGAACUCAAGAUAUUAAAUCUGAGUCUCUGUAAUCUGACAGAGAAAAGUUGUUCAUCAUUGAGUUCAGUUCUCAUCUCAAACUCCUCAAGUCUGACAGAACUGAACCUGAGUGGAAAUACACUGCAGGAUUCUGGAGUGAAGCUUCUCUCUGAUGGACUGAAAAAUACAAACUGUAAACUGAAGAUAUUACAGCUGAUGUCCUGCAGUAUUGGAGAUGAAGGUUUUGUUGCUUUAGCUUCAGCUCUAAGAUCAAACCCAUCGUACCUGACUGAACUCAAUCUGAGCUAUAAUAAUUCAGAAGAUUCAGGAGUGAAGCUGAUCUCUGAUCUACUGAAGGAUCCACACUGUAAACUACACAAACUACUUAUUGAGCCUCGACAGUAUCAAUCAUCUACAAGAGCUACAGAUGACGACAUCAAACAACCCACUAAGCAAAAACACAUCCAAAAGACGUCAUUUUAACAUCUUUGUCUAAUGUUUAAAAGACGUCCACUGAGUAGUCAAAAUGAAAGUUUUUGCAACGUCUUUUUUGCGUCUUUUAUGUGUUGAAAUGAGCUGUCCUACUGAUAUGCUUGUUGAACGUUUAAAAGACGUCCAGUGGGGAGCCAGAGACAAGGUUCAUACGAGGUCUUUUCUAAACAUCUUUUAUGUGUUGAAAUUAGACGUUCUACUGACCUGUUUGUUGAACGUUCAAAAAACAUCCACUGAGUAUCCACAAUGAAAGUUUUUGCAACGCCUUUUUUAGACGUCUUUUUUGUGUUGAAAUUAGACGUCCUACUGACAUGCUUGUUAAACGUUUAAAAAACAUUUUUUAAAGGAUGUUUAAUGAUUUUAUAAACUCUGGCAACUUAGAUUUUUUAUUUGUGACAGAAACGUGGCUUUCUGUAGGAAACAAUAGCCCGUUCUCAGAACGUACACCUCCCAAUUAUAAUUUUUUUUAACUCUCCCCGCUCUUCUGGCCGGGGUGGAGGACUGGCAUCCGUUUUUAGUAGGGCUGUAAAAAUUAACGCGUUAAUAACGCGUUAACGCAAAUUCAUUUUAACGCCACUAAUUUUAUUAACGGAGAUUAACGCAACGCGCAAUUUCUGUUUGACCCUUGGUCCAGCCCAUAGUUGAAUGAACAGAGACGCAGACAAAUGUGACUCUCUCUAAAUGAGUAAAAGGUUUUCAUAGAAAUAAGAACAUUAAGCAAAUUGUCUACCAAAUCCAAUGCUCUAAAUGCUCGUUGGACAUCUGAUAUGAACUUUAUUUAUACGUCUGUGUAACGUUACCGUCCUCCUAAUGCUUAAUGUAAUACAAAGAUGCGUCUCAAUUCAUUUUGGUUUCGCUUUUAUGCAUGACUUAGAAAAUAGACUGCAGGACUUGCUUGAUGUUAAAAGAGUCAUUAAGAGAGAUAAAGUUCGGUACCUGAUUAAUGUUAAAGAGUUAUUAAGAGCGACAAGACUCAAAAGCGAUCCCCUCAAGCUGACUGACUGAUAUCUGAAGCGCGUUCACACAGACGCGCGAGUGCGCGACCCGGAUAUAUAGACAUCUACACAAAAUUACAGUUUUACAAAUAUCUGUUUUGAUAAGAAUUCACGCAGGUAGGCUCUAUAAUCUGUUAUGUUUUAAGUAAAUGUUUGGUUAACUGUUGGGUAAAACUAUCUGAUGUGUAACAUUAUAUUAGAUCACUUAGAUUUUAAGCAGUAUGUCUCAAUGUCAAUCAAACAAAAGGAAAAAAAGUUGAACAUACAUUGAUAAUGUUUUUGCUUUGUGUGUGCUAAAUCUAUUAGUUUUACCAGUGAUUUUAAGGUAUUGAUGUGGUAAUAUAAUGUAUGGAUGUGGAAAUGUUUGUGGUAAUUUGACUCUUUCAACUUCAAACACGUGUAGUUCUGUCAUAUUUUGUUAUAUUUCAACAAAUCAUGCAUUGUUCUAUGUUUUAAUAGAGAAUGUCAAAAUAUGAACAACUAUUUUUUUUAAUUUGCUAAUUCCGACUCAACUUGCCAGCACAGGUCACAAAUGAUGCAGCAGCAAACAAAAAUGGAGAAAGAAAAAUCUUCUGAAAGGAAAAUUCAUAUACAAAACAAUGGCUGGUGAUUCUGUUAAAAUGUAAACAGGCUGUUGUUAACAUACAUUUGCAUAAAGCAUCUAUAUAUGUAUAUAUGAUUAGAAUAUUAAAAACCUGAAAAGUGUUAAAUUAGGGUAAAUUUAGAAUGGAUAAAAAUGUGCGAUUAAUUUGCGAUUAAUCGCAGUUAACUCAUGAAAUCAUGCGAUUAAUCUAGAUUAAUUUUUUUAAUCUAUUGACAGCCCUAGUUUUUAGAAAUUGUUUCUAUUGUUCUGCAACAGAAACUGACACUUUCACAAGUUUUGAAGUUCAACUUUUCUCAUUUGAUCAGAUGAACUCGCUGAUGGUGGCAGUGAUCUAUCAUCCACCUAAAACCACCAAAAACUUUAUUUCUGAGUUCUCUGAAUUCUUAGCCAGUAUUAAUUCUAAAUUUGACAGAAUUUUACUUAUUGGCUAUUUUAAUAUUCAUGUCUGUUGUGACUCCACAUCAUUAGCGAAAGAGUUUCUUAGUCUCAUUGAUGCCUGUGAUUUUUGUCAGAGGGUUAAAGAACCUACACAUGCUCAUGGUCAUAUUCUUGACUUGGUGCUAACACAUGGCCUUUCCAUUUCAGAUGUUUGUAUUGGUUUUUUGAGUUUUUCAGAUCAUAAGCCUGUUAUGUUUAGUGUUGAUAUUUCUUGUCAUACUAAUGAAAUUGUUUCACCUGCCAGAUGGUCACAGGUUGGCAUGUUUGGUCCAACCUCUGUGAGUAAUUUUUCAGUGGCAUUCAAUGAGGCCUGUCAGUCGCUUUCAGUGGAUUAUUUUGCUAAUAUGUUAAACAGGCUUGUGCAGAAUUCAGAAUUGAAUUGAGAAUGACUCCUAAAUUCCAAUUCAAUUCUUGAAUUUGAAUUGAAUUUGAAUUUAUGUCAAAAACAGGAUCUAGAAUUACAAUUCGAAUUUGAAUUAACGGAAGCAGAAUUGCAAUUCAAUAGAAAUUCAAAGUAAUUCUUAUACAUAUUAUACAGUAAGUGAAGUGUUAAAAAUUAAGUUUUCAGUAUAUGACUGACAUAUUCUAUAAAUAUAUUUUCGUUUUUACAGAUUACAUUUACAGGAAAUGGUCCCCCCCAACAAUUAAUUUUAAAAACUCUAGUCACAUAACAAAUAAUUAAGUUUGAUUUUUUUUGCAAUUGUAAUUUUAUGGAACACGAUGUAACAUGACUUCAUUUCCCAGAAUGCUUUAAUUUUACCAAGUAUUUAAAAUGGUUGCCAAACAAUUUUUCAAAGUAAUUUUCCUAACACUGAAUGUAUGUGAGAUUCUUUCUGUUGUGUGACUGUGGAAUUUCUUUGAAUUGCCAUGAAUUUAAUUCCACUUCCUGUCAUUCCAAUGCCAAUUCAAAUUCAACUUCCUUUAGGGCGGAGUCAAUUCAAUUCAAAUUCCAAUUCAUGAAUUGAAUGGAGGCCAAUUCUGAAAUUCUGAAUUGUGCACAAGCCUGAUGUUACAUGUGGAUGAUCUUAUUAACAUGUUUAAUUCUGUAUGUACUAGUGCUUUAGAUAUUGUUGCCCCUAUGCAACAAAAAAAAAAACAUAAAAACAAAGCUGAACCUUGGCUAAAUGGUAAUACGUAGUUUAAGACAAGCCUGGAGAAGGGCAGAACGCCGGUGGAAAAAAGACAAACUUCAAGUAUCCUAUGAAAUCCUACGGGAGUUUUUAUUUACAUACCAAAAAGCAGUAAAGGAUGCCAAAUCAGACUACUUUUCUUAAUUAAUUUCUAAAAGCACAAACAGCUCAAAGACUGUAUUUAAUAUUUUAUACUUUGUGUGAAGACUUUUUAAGAUUUUUUGUGGAUAAAAUAGAUGCAAUUAGAAAGUCCAUUAUUCCAUCCUUUGAUGACCCUGUAGAUUAUUUGUAUCCCACUACUUUUUUAAUUCAUUUGAGCCGAUUUCUAUGCUGGUAUUAAUGGAUUCAGUUGUUAAGCUGAAACCUACUACCUCUGCUCUUGAUAUUGUUCCUACCCAAUUCUUUAAAUUGGUAUUUGAUACAGAGCUGCCAACUUCUGAGUUCAGCUUGAAUUGUUUUUUUUUUUGGGGGGGGGGGGUUGUGGUAAUAUUUUUUUUAUAUAAGUCCUAACCAUUUGCCAAUUGAUAAUAGUG